AUGUCUGAAAGAAGAAUCAGAGGUACCAGAAAGAAGAAGGAUCCAAACGCACCAAAGAGAUCCUUGUCUGCUUACAUGUUCUUUGCCAAUGAGCAAAGAGAUGUUGUCAGAGCCGAGAACCCAGGUAUUGCCUUUGGCCAGAUCGGUAAGCUGCUCGGUGAGAAGUGGAAGGCCCUUGACGCUGCUGGCAAGGUUCCAUACGAAGCCAAGGCCGAAGAGGACAAGAAGAGAUACGAGUUGGAAAAGCUCGAGUACCAAAAGACACUUGCCUAA